AUGACAGACCUCUUAAGAAGUGUUGUCACCGUCAUUGAUAUAUUCUACAAAUACACCAAGCAAGAUGGAGAAUGUGGCACACUGAGCAAGGAUGAGCUAAAGGAACUUCUGGAGAAAGAGUUUCGCCCAAUUCUGAAGAAUCCAGAUGAUCCAGAUAAAGUAGAUGUCAUCAUGCAUAUGCUGGAUCGAGAUCAUGACCGAAGACUAGAUUUCACUGAGUUUCUUCUGAUGGUGUUCAAAUUGGCUAUGGCCUGCAAUAAGGUUCUUGGAAAAGAAUACUGUAAAGCUUCAGGGUCAAAGAAGCCUAGGCAGGGUCAUCAAAAUCGAAAGGAAGAAAGUGAAACAGAAGAAGAAGAAGAGAUACCAAGACGGAAAUCAGGUUUCAGACGUUCGAGUUGGAGUGAGGGAGAGGAGCAUGGACAUAGUUCUGGGAGCUCAUGGGGAACUGCAAAACCUCGACAUAGGUCCAACUCUAGGAGGUUGGAAAGGCACAGUGAAUUAUCCAGCUCAGAGGAACCCAGGAGAAAACACCAUGGGUCUAGCGCUGGUCAAUCUUGGAGCGGUAACAAAGAGAGGCAUGGUUCCAGCUCUGAAGAGCUAGAAGAAAAAAGAAACAAGUCACACGGUAGGUCCUCUAGAGAAGCUGGGGAAGAAUAUGAAUCUGGAUCUAGGUUAAACAGUCAGGGAAGGAAAGGUCAUAGUGGAUUGUCACAUGGACUGGAGAAGAGCAAACAUGAAUCAAAUUCUACUCAGUCAAGAAAGGGUGGAGAACAAAAGCUUGGGCCUAGCUCUGCAAGUUCAGAAAACAGCAAAACACAAAGUCAUGCAUGUGGUCACAGCAAUUCUAGUGGAUGUUGCAGACCACAAAGUGCUUCAAGUUCUUGUCAGGCAAGUCCAUCUGGGAGGCAAGGAAGUCAGUCUUGCUCUACCCAGUCAAGAUGUCAAUCAGGAACUAGCGGAGGACGUGUCUCUGGAGGUCAGUCGUCUAGAUGUUGUCAAACUGAACCUAGAUCCUGCAGCCAGUCUUCUAGUCAGAGAGGAUAUGGAUGUGGUCAUGCAGAGCACUGUGGAAGACAGCAGAGCAUGAGCUCACAUCAUUCAUCAUGCUGCGGAUCUGGAGCAACCCAACAUUCUGGUUAUGGUCAGCACGGAGGCAGUUCCUGUGGACACUGUUCAAGCUCUCAACAGAAGGGGUGUUGUUCAAAUGAACAUUCCAAAUGUGGUCAUCAUGGGUCCGGUUCAGGGCAGCCAUCCUGCUGUGAACAACAUGGAACAAAUUCAAGACAGUCCUCUGGCUUUAAACAACAUGGGCAUGGAUCAGGACAGUCUUGCUGUGGCCAGCAUGGUACGGCAUCAGGUCAAUCCUCAGGUUGUGGUCAACAUGGGCAGCAUGCGUCUGGUUCAGGUCAGUUGUCUGGUUGCAGUGACCAAAGGUCUGGUUCUGGUCAGUUAUCUAGUUCUGGGCAGCAUGAGUCUGGUCCAGGUCAGUCAUCUGGCUAUGGGGGACAGGGAUCUGGAUCUGGUCAGUCAUCUAGCACUUGGAAACAUGGAUCUGGUCCAAGUCAGUCAUCUGGUUAUGGGAGGCAAGAGUCUGGUUCAGGUCAGUCAUCUAGCUCUGGGCAACAUGGGUCUCUCUCAGGUCAGUCGUCAAAAUCUGGGCAGCACGGGUCUCUCUCAGGUCAAUCGUCUAGCUCUGGGCAGCACGGGUCUCUCUCAGGUCAGUCAUCUAGCUCUGGGCAGCAUGGGUCUCUCUCAGGUCAGUCAUCUAGCUCUGGGCAGCACGGGUCUCUCUCAGGUCAGUCAUCUAGCUCUGGGCAGCACGGGUCUCUCUCAGGUCAGUCAUCUAGCUCUGGGCAGCAUGGGUCUCUCUCAGGUCAGUCAUCUAGCUCUGGGCAGCACGGGUCUCUCUCAGGUCAGUCAUCUAGCUCUGGGCAGCACGGGUCUCUCUCAGGUCAGUCAUCUAGCUCUGGGCAGCACGGGUCUCUCUCAGGUCAGUCAUCUAGCUCUGGGCAGCACGGGUCUCUCUCAGGUCAGUCAUCUAGCUCUGGGCAGCAUGGGUCUCUCUCAGGUCAGUCAUCUAGCUCUGGGCAGCAUGGGUCUCUCUCAGGUCAGUCAUCUAGCUCUGGGCAGCAUGGGUCUCUCUCAGGUCAGUCAUCUAGCUCUGGGCAACAUGGGUCUCUCUCAGGUCAGUCAUCUAGCUCUGGGCAGCACGGGUCUCUCUCAGGUCAGUCGUCUAGCUCUGGGCAACAUGGGUCUCUCUCAGGUCAGUCAUCUAGCUCUGGGCAGCAUGGGUCUCACUCAGGUCAGUCAACGGGUUAUAGGAGGCAUGGGCAUGGUUCAGGUCGGUCAUCAAGUGCUGGGCAGUAUGAGUCUGGCCCAGGUGAGUCAUCUGGGUAUGGAGAACAUAAAUCUGGUUCAAGUCACUCAUCUAGUUCUUGGCAGAACAAGUCUCAUUCAGGACAGUCAUCUGGCGUUGGGCAGCAAGGGUAUGGACAUGGUCAGUCAUCACCAUAUGGGUCUGGCCCAAGUCAGUCUUCUAGAUAUGGGAGACAUGGUUCUGGCUCUAAUAAGUCAUUUGGCUCAGGGCAAGAGUAUGGACAUGAAGAAAUUCACCAUGGAGAGUCAAGCUCCAAAGGUCAGGGAAGACAGGGAACACCCAAAAGACAGUCUGGAGACAGCAGUAGACAGCCUCAUUCUAGACAAGAACAGCCCUCUACUUCAGGGCGUUCAAGAACACCUAGAAGGACACCUGUCCACAGUGAAUCCAGUGAGAGUGAAGAACACACAGUAGUUUCUAGGAGACAAUCUGGAUCUCCUCAGAAUCAUGGUGGACAUCAGCAUGGAGAGUCUGGGUCUGCAGCUCAUGAAAGACAGGAAAGUCCUCAGAGACAAUCUAGGGACAGCAGUAGACAGUCUCAGUCUGGGCAUGAGCAGCCCUCACAUUCAUGGCCUUCAAGAAGACCAAGAGGGACACCUGUUCACCCCGAGUCCAGUGAAGGUGAGGAACACUCAGUAGUUUCUAGGAGACACUCAGAAUCUUCUCAGGGUCAUGGUGGACAUCAGCAUGGAGAGUCAGGGUCAGCAGGUUAUGGAAGCCAGGGGGGUCCUCAAAGACAAUCUAGGGACAGCAGUAGACAGUCUCAGUCUGGGCAUGAGCAGCCCUCACAUUCAGGGCCUUCAAGAAGACCAAGACAGACACCUGUUCAUCCCGAGUCUAGUAGAGGUGAGGAACACUCAGUAGUUUCUAGGAGACACUCAGAAUCUUCUCAGGGUCAUAGUGGACAUCAGCAUGGAGAGUCAGGAUCAGCAGGCCAUGGAAGCCAGGGGGGUCCUCAAAGACAAUCUAGGGACAGUAGUAGAGAGCCUCAGUCUGGGCAUGAGCAGCCUUCACAUUCAGGUCCUUCAAGAAGACCAAGAGGGGCACCAGUUCACUCUGAGUCCAGUGAAGGUGAGGAACACUCAGUAGUUUCAAGGAGACACUCAGGAUCUCCUCAGGGCCAUGGUGGACACCAGCAUGGAGAAUCGGGGUCAGCAGGUCAUGGAAGCCAGGGGGGUCCUCAAAGACAAUCGAGGGACAGCAGUAGAGAGCCUCAGUCUGGGCAUGAACAGCCAUCACAUGGCGGCUCUCAGAGAAGACCAAGACAGACACCAGUUCACCCAGAGUCUAGUAGAGGUGAGGAACACUCAGUAGUUUCUAGGAGACACUCAGGAUCUUCUCAGGGUCAUAGUGGACAUCAGCAUGGAGAGUCAGGGGCAGCAGGUCAUGGAAGCCAGGGAGGUCCUCAAAGACAAUCUAGGGACAGCAGUAGAGAGCCUCAGUCUGGGCAUGAGCAGCCAUCACAUGGUGCCUCUCAGAGAAGACCCAGAGGGAGACCAGUUCACCCUGAGUCCAGUGAAGGUGAAGAACAUUCUGUAGUUUCAGAAAGAAGUUCAGGAUCUCCACAGGGUCAUGGUGGACAUCAGCAUGGAGAAUCGGGGUCAGCAGGUCAUGGAAGCCAGGGGGGUCCUCAAAGACAAUCGAGGGACAGCAGUAGAGAGCCUCAGUCUGGGCAUGAACAGCCAUCACAUGGCGGCUCUCAGAGAAGACCAAGACAGACACCAGUUCACCCAGAGUCUAGUAGAGGUGAGGAACACUCAGUAGUUUCUAGGAGACACUCAGGAUCUUCUCAGGGUCAUAGUGGACAUCAGCAUGGAGAGUCAGGGGCAGCAGGUCAUGGAAGCCAGGGAGGUCCUCAAAGACAAUCGAGGGACAGCAGUAGAGAGCCUCAGUCUGGGCAUGAACAGCCAUCACAUGGCGGCUCUCAGAGAAGACCAAGACAGACACCAGUUCACCCAGAGUCUAGUAGAGGUGAGGAACACUCAGAAGUUUCUAGGAGACACUCAGGAUCUUCUCAGGGUCAUAGUGGACAUCAGCAUGGAGAGUCAGGGGCAGCAGGUCAUGGAAGCCAGGGGGGUCCUCAAAGACAAUCUAGGGACAGCAGUAGAGAGCCUCAGUCUGGUCAUGAGCAGCCAUCACAUGGUGCCUCUCAGAGAAGACCCAGAGGGAGACCAGUUCACCCUGAGUCCAGUGAAGGUGAAGAACAUUCUGUAGUUUCAGAAAGAAGUUCAGGAUCUCCACAGGGUCAUGGUGGACAUCAGCAUGGAGAAUCAGGAUCAGUAGGCCAUGGAAGCCAAGGAGGUCCCCAAGGACAAUCUAGGGACAGCAGUAGACAAUCUCAGUCUGGACAUGAACAGACCUCACAUUCAUGGCCUUCAAGAAGACCAAGACAGACACCUGUUCACCCCGAGUCCAGUGAAGGUGCGGAACACUCAGUAGUUUCUAGGAGACAUUCAGAAUCUUCUCAGGGUCAUGGUGGACACCAGCAUGGAGAAUCAGGGACAGCAGGUCAUGGAAGCCAGGGGGGUCCUCAAAGACAAUCUAGGGACAGCAGUAGAGAGCCUCAGUCUGGGCAUGAGCAGCCAUCACAUGGCGGCUCUCAGAGAAGACCCAGAAGGGCACCAGUUCACCCUGAGUCCAGUGAUAGUCAACAACACUCAGUAGUUUCAAGGAGACAUUCAGAAUCGCCACAGGGUCAUGGUAGACAUCAGCAUGGAGAAUCAGGGUCACCAGGCCAUGGAAGCCAGGGAGGACCUCAAAGACAAUCUAGGGACAGUAGUAGAGAACCUCAGUCUGGGCAUGAGCAGCCCUCACAUUCAGGGCCUUCAAGAAGACCAAGACAGACACCUGUUCACCCCGAGUCUAGUAGAGGUGAGGAACACUCUGUAGUUUCUAGGAGACACUCAGAAUCAUCUCAGGGUCAUAGUGGACAUCAGCAUGGAGAGUCAGGGGCAGCAGGUUAUGGAAGCCAGGGGGGUCCUCAAAGACAAUCUAGGGACAGCAGUAGAGAGCCUCAGUCUGGGCAUGAGCAGCCAUCACAUGGUGGCUCUCAGAAAAGACCCAGAGGGAGACCAGUUCACCCUGAGUCCAGUGAAGGUGAAGAACAUUCUGUAGUUUCAGAAAGAAGCUCCGGAUCUCCACAGGGUCAUGGGAGACAUCAGCAUGGAGAGUCAGGAUCAGCAGGCCAUGGAAGCCAAGGAGGUCCCCAAGGACAAUCUAGGGAGAGCAGUAGACAGUCUCAGUCUGGGCAUGAGCAGCCAUCACAUUCAUGGCCUUCAAGAAGACCAAGAGGGGCACCAGUGCAUUCUGAGUCCAGUGAAGGUGAGGAACACUCAGUAGUUUCAAGGAGACACUCAGGAUCUCCUCAGGGUCAUGGUGGACACCAGCAUGGAGAAUCGGGGUCAGCAGGUCAUGGAAGCCAGGGGGGUCCUCAAAGACAAUCUAGGGACAGCAGUAGAGAGCCUCAGUCUGGGCAUGAGCAGCCAUCACAUGGUGCCUCUCAGAGAAGACCAAGACAGACACCAGUUCACCCAGAGUCUAGUAGAGGUGAGGAACACUCAGUAGUUUCUAGGAGACACUCAGGAUCUUCUCAGGGUCAUAGUGGACAUCAGCAUGGAGAGGUCAUGGUGGACAUCAGCAUGGAGAAUCAGGGUCAGCAGGCCAUGGAAGUCAGGGAAGACCUCAAAGACAAUCUAGGGACAGCAGUAGACAGUCUCAGUCUGGGCAUGAACAGACCUCACAUGGUGGCUCUCAGAGAAAACCCAGAGGGAGACCAGUUCACCCUGAGUCCAGUGAAGUUUCAGAAAGAAGCUCAGGAUCUCCACAGGGUCAUGGGAGACAUCAGCAUGGAGAGUCAGGAUCAGCAGGCCAUGGAAGCCAAGGAGGUCCCCAAGGACAAUCUAGGGAGAGCAGUAGACAAUCUCAGUCUGGACAUGCACAGACCUCACAUUCAUGGCCUUCAAGAAGAUCAAGAGGGGCACCAGUUCACUCUGAGUCCAGUGAAGGUCAUGGUGGACACCAGCAUGGAGAAUCGAGGCCAGCAGGUCAUGGAAGCCAGGGAGGUCCUCAAAGACAAUCUAGGGACAGCAGUAGACACUCUCAGUCUGGGCAUGUGCAGCCCUCACAUUCAGGAGCUACAAAAGGUCCAAGAGGGACACCUGUUCAACCUGAGUCCAGUGAAGGUGAGGAACACUCAGUUGUUUCAAGGAGACACUCAGAAUCUUCUCAGGGUCUUGGUGGCUAUCAGCAUGGAGAAUCGGGGUCAGCAGGUCAUGGAAGUCAGGGAGGACCUCAAAGACAAUCUAGGGACAGCAGUAGACAGUCUCAGUCUGGUCAUGAAGAGACCUCACAUUCAGGAAGUACAAAAGGUGCAGGAGGGACACCUGUUCACUCUGAGUCCAGUGAAGUCCCAUAGAGACCCUAAAUCACAACAUGGAGAGUCGGGUUAUAGUCAUACUGCAACAGAUAGUACUCACUGGCAGUCAAGGGACCGUCUAAGCAAACAAUCAAGCAACGCACAUGUCCAGUCUGAUACAAGGCAUUAUAGGUCACAUAGUACUGGCAACCAAUAUAGUUCUAGUCAACGUUGGAGACAUGGCAGCUAUGGCCGUGAAGAUUAUGACUAUGGACAAUCAGGAUAUGGACCUUCUGAAGGCAGCAGAACUAGCAGUCGCAAUUCUAGUCCUUUGAGGUCAUCGCAUAGACCUACACACACACAAGUGUCAAGAUAUGGACAGUCUUUCUCUCUUUCUCACCAUCUAGGAUCCAAAGCAAAUGAAGGAAUGGGAGAGCUGGUGUUAAAAUAUAGAGAAGCAGAUACAGAUCAUGGGCAACCAGUUGAUCACUACAAUCUGACUGGAUCUAGUACAGGUGGAACUCUAGUCUCUAGUCUUGGCCAUUCUGGAGUAACACCUGAGCAUUUGAAUGACUGUGAUUUUAAGUACAGGUACAGUCUGAAAGAAAAACAAGAAACUACUCCAAACCAGCCAGUUGACCAAUCUGGUUUUGGCCAUAGUCAAUAUAUAUUAUUUCAGGACAAUUCGGAAUCCAGUUCAAUUGGAAAUCAAUCUGGAUUCAGCACUAAUAAAAGUCAAGUAUAUAACCAUGGCCAAUCAAAUGAUAUCUACCAGCUGUCAAGUGACAGUAGAAAUAGAAAUCAAAGAUCUUCUCUCAACAGCUCUCUUCAGAGCCUAUCCCGUAUGGGAACUGAAGAGUGUAACUAUUUACCAUGUGCAACCUCAUCAGGUGAGGGGAAACAAGGACAGGAGCCAGGAUCUGAUUCAUCAGGGACUAUCAGAAUAUAUAGUCAAUAUGUAGAUGACCAAGAGACAAGGGACACUGAAUCCAGAGGUUACCAUGAAAAGGGGGAAAUGAAUUCAGCUUCUGCCUACAUAGAUAGCAACACUCCACUAUACACAUAUGUCCAAGAACAAAAAUACCACUAUUUUUAUUGA